CUCCCGGCGCCUGCGCGCCUUCCCCCGAGCCCGCGGGACUUGCGGCUGCGUUCUCAACCGGCUUCCUUGCAACUCAGUGGAAGAACUGGUCAGAGAGUCUGGAAGUUUGGGUUCUGGUCCUGGCUGUGCCACUGACCCACUGUGACCUUAGGAUCUUGUGCUGUGAAGACAUUUCCCAAGUGCUUCAUGUUAGCCAGCAAAUCUGACCCACAAGGCCUGGAAAGAGGUGAUUGUUAGGUUGUGCAGAGGUGGUCUUAUCCAGCUCAGCGUCCCCUGGGACCCACUGUGGGACCUGAGGCAGAACUGGGGUGGACUUGGCCUCCUCCAUGGCACACCGGCUGCAGAUACGACUGCUGACAUGGGAUGUGAAGGACACGCUGCUCAAGCUCCGCCACCCCUUAGGGGAGGAGUAUGCCACCAAGGCCCGGGCCCAUGGGCUGGAGGUGGAGCCCUCAGCCCUGGAACAAGGCUUCAGGCAGGCGUACAGGGUCCAGAGCCACAGCUUCCCCAACUACGGCCUGAGCCAUGGCCUCACCUCCCGCCAGUGGUGGCUGGACGUGGUCCUGCAGACCUUCCACCUGGCAGGUGUCCAGGAUGCUCAGGCUGUAGCCCCCAUCGCUGAACAGCUGUAUGAGGACUUCAGCCGCCCCUGCACCUGGCAGGUGUUGGAUGGGGCUGAGGACACCCUGAGGGAGUGCCGCACACGGGGUCUGAGGUUGGCAGUGAUCUCCAACUUUGACCGACGGCUAGAGGGCAUCCUGGGGGCCCUUGGCCUGCGUGAACACUUCGAGUUUGUGCUGACCUCUGAGGCUGCUGGCUGGCCCAAGCCAGACCCCCGCAUUUUCCAGGAGGCCUUGCGGCUUGCUCAUACGGAACCGGUAGUGACAGCCCAUGUUGGGGAUAAUUACCUCUGCGAUUACCAGGGGCCUCGGGCUGUGGGCAUGCACAGCUUCCUGGUGGUUGACCCACAGGCACUGGACCCUGUAGUCAGGGAUUCUGUACCUAAAGAACACAUCCUCCCCUCUCUGGCCCAUCUCCUGCCUGCCCUUGACUGCCUAGAGGGCUCCACCCCAGGGCUUUGAGGCCGGUGAGGGAAGUGGCUGGGCCCUAGGCCGUGGAGAAAACCCUAAACAAACCUUGGAGACAGGGAGCCUCUUUCUCCACAGCUCUGGACUUUCCCCCUCUGCCUGCAGCCUUUGUCACCUAUUCUGAUAAUAAAGCAGUGAGUGCUGAGCUCUCAGCCUUGCCCCACUAACCAGC